UGUAACUUCACUCCUUUAUUGGAACUGGAACACUUGAAUAUUUCUCCUCCUUGCUCAGGCACCAGCUGCUCCUCCAGAAACUAUAGUAAUUGGGCAUUUUCUUCUUCUUCUUGAGCUGGACUGCUGGAACACCACUUGCUCCUUCUUCAGGUUGGUCUCUCUGCCGUCUCACUUCAGCAUCUUCUUGCUGCUAUGGUUUAUAUGGUAAGCCUGGUUGUUUUUCUAUGGCUGCUACUAUUGAGAUAUGGUGUGACUGUGGUGCCGGACUACUAGCUACUGCUCUGCCAUUUCUCUCUUUUGAGGUGGUUUUCCGGACGAACUGCUUGCUGCUACUGCUGUUGCGGCUGAGGCUUCUGCGCCAUGGCUGUGCUCUUGCUGUUGCUACUACUACUGCAACUGCUUGCUGCCUGUGUUGAUCUGCACGACCAAACCGAGGCUAAUAUAUGUGUGAAUUUUUAAUGAAAGCUAAGUGACUCACCAGCUCGCAUGCCGGUUGGAUAAGGGCUUGCUGCCACCUCAACAAAGCUGGUUCGGUGGGAUAAUCUAAAGCUAUAUUUACUAAUUUCCCAAUCAAUAGAAGUUUUGUAAAGUCUAACAUGUUUGGUGCUUUUGCACUUGAGUCCCACAAGCUUGGUAAAUUGGAGAUUACUACGAGUUCAGAGACUGGGAUGCAAUUGCCCUAAAACUCAAGAGUUUUUCUGAAAAUAAAUAAUUAUUGAAUCUUUGACUGAGAUGGUUCAGUUUAUGGUGUGAUAUCUAUAAGCACCAUGUGUUGACGUUUGAUGUCGUGAUUCCGGUAUUUGCAUAGUAUGAGGAUCGUUGGUAACAGGGUAUACGUGAGACUGUGGUAAAACAGAUGGGUACGAGGAUUUUUAUAUAGGUUUAGACCCUUGAAUUGUCAAGUAAUAACCCUACUCCUGUUGGCCUAAGCCGGUCGUUGCUCUUAUUCAUCAUAAUCACACCAGUACAAUAUUUAUAUUUGAGGUAGCCUAUCUAACUGUUGUUGACUUGGCGGCAUGUCUUGGCGUAUAUUGGCUUGUAUGUUGAUCUUGUGUCUUGAUCUAUUGUUCUCUGUUUCCUCUCCUCCUAGGGGGCCUUGUAUUUAUACCCAUAGGUGUCCCCUUGUCUAAGUAGAACUAGUAAAACCAAUAUGGAUACAAUCCGAGUAGUCAUUGUCGUUUCCAUGUAGAACUCUAUUCAUCCUUAUGCGGAACUCCUCCUAUAUCCGAAGUUUGUUUCCGUAUAAGACAUGGUAUGUGGUGGGUCCUGCCGAGAUUUAGUCAACUACUAUUAGGUAUGUGGUAUCCAUAACCCUAACACCAUGUAUAUGCACAAUAUAUGUGAUGCAUACAACUAUUAGGUAUGUGGUAUUCAUAACCCUGACACCAUGUAUAUUCACAAUAUAUGCGAUGCAUACUGUAUAAGAUUUCUAGAGUACAAUAAUAUGCAUGUAUGUAUGCAGGCCUAUAGUGGUAAAUUGUAAAUAAAGAACUGUGGUUUCUACUGUGCACACGUGUACCUCGCUUCAUGACGACUAAUCUACACUAUAGUUUAACCAAAACUAAAUUAUCCCACUCCUCACCAGGUUUAGUCUAACUAACAAUAAAUCAAUGAUGCAUAUGGAUAUGGCUUGAUAAAUAAAUGACAAGGAAACGAUCGAAAAAUCAUUUAAGAUCCAUAAUAGAACAAUAAUCGAUAUAUUUAUAGAUCCUAGCAAGCAUCGUGGCUCAAUCGACACCGCUCUUAGUCAGUGUGACUAGGUCAUUAGCGUGACUAAGACUAUAGCUAAAACCUGGGAUGUUACAUCCUACCUCCACCCCCCCCUAAAAAAUAAUUUCGUCCUCGAAAUUAAAAUGAUGUUUAAGUGAGCACUUUUAUGUUCAAUUGUUAAAGUAAUUUUUUUUUACAGCAGUAUGUACUCCUUAGUCCUAUGUAGUUUGCUAAGCAUCUAUGACUUACUAAGAAAUCCUAUAAGAGUCUACUACAAGAGUAAUUUCUAAGAAUUUUAAGGUAAGAUCACUAUAGUUUAGAAAUCUACAAGUUAGCAGAUAAGAUGUCUCUGUAGAACUAAUGGGUACUAAAAUAAUUGUUGUCUACCAUUUUUUUACUGGAAUUGAUUUUUUUUACCUUUCUAUCUACCCAAACAAAUGUACCCCAAGUAUAUAGUUGAUCUCUAGUUUUAUGGCUAAAUUAGGAAGGAUAUAGCUAGGUACUGUUAAUUAGAUCGAGGAAAGAGAUUAAUGGUCCAGAAAUUAAAUGGACGAUGGACACCUUAAAGUAUUAAUGUAAUGCAAUGCAUAAGAUUAAAUUUCAAGUUUUUUUUCCUGAUGUUGGAAUGCUACUUAAUGGUGAAAGAAUAAAACUGAUUUGAACCUAAUACAUGAGAGAUUUUUUUAACCUAACUUUAAAUUACUUCUUAACAUGUACGGUUAAACAAAAAUGAAAAUGCAAUACAACACUGGUGAACACAGUAAAGUUAUUAUUAGACUAUUCCUACCAUGUUCAUAUUUGUUUAACUAACUUCUAGUUUAAAUAAUCUGUAACCUGUCAUCUAGAGAGUAAAUGAGUUUCUCAUCUCUAAAUUUCUUUUAUAUGACACUUAUAGUUUAAUAAUUAUGAAAUUAUACUGAAAUGAUAUGUUUUUUUACAGUAAAUAAACUGAUCUAAAAGGUGUACUUACAUUCUUUGCUAACUUUAACUUCUGCAAGCAUAUAAUAACUUGGUGCUUUAUUUACCAAUGACCCAUUUUUUUAACCUAUAACUAAUCUUUAAUUUUUGUCAUAUCUAAACAUAUACAGUAGAAAAAUAAGAUUUCUAAAUUCUAAUUUCCAGGGAAUUGAAUAGAAAUUAAUAUGUACUAUAUUGGAAAUUCAGAUUUUUUUUAACUAUUACUAUGCUCCAAUGGAUGUACAUUUCUUUAUAAAUCAAGUUCUUCAUUUUUUUUCUACUGUACUAGUCAUAAAUUAAAUAUCUAUCCGUGAUGAUGCUAAUUUUUAUUUAUUUUUACUAAUUGUAAGUUUAGACCUAUCUAUGCAUCGCUUGACGGUAGAACAGGUAAAAUUGGAUGGUGUACAUCUAGAUUAAUUAAAGAAAAUUGUAUAUUGGAUAUAAAGUGUAAUGCAUCCCUAUGUUUGCAUAUGAUUUUUAAUACUAAAAUUGCUAAAUUAAAAGAAACGGUUCAUGACUACUAGAUUUUAAGGAAACCAAGAUUAACUUGAGGAUGAAAGUAAUGGAUAUGAUGAAUGUGUUUUUAAAUAUGAAUGACAAUUUAUAAUGCAGACUAGGAUGAUCAUGUCUUUAUUUGAUAAAAAAAAUACUUAAAUGAAUUCUACCCUUAAUGGCAUAGGCUCUAUGAUCAACUAUUCUUCUAACAUACUCUGCCUCUUCUCCUGAGAGUACGCCCCUCCAUAUAUACCCAACUCCUCAUGAAUAUUCUACUCCAAUGCUACAUUUCAAGAACUUAAUGAUACUAUGCCCGAUUCAUAGUAUAUUGAGUCACUUAAGUGAGAUACACUCGGGAGAUAUAUUAUUAUUAGAGUAAAAUGCGUUGUAGGUACCACAACUUGCAAGGUGGGUGCAAUUUAGUCACCCAUCUUGUAAUUUGCUCAAAUAAGUCAUUCAAUUUGUUUAGAGGUGCAAAUAUAAUAAAAAACAUGCCACGUGUAUUAUUUUUGCCAAGGUGGACGAUACGAUGGCAGACGUGAUGAUGAGUUGGCGAAAGUAAUACAAUUUUAUAGAAAAACCCUUCUACUAUACUACUCUUUGCUAAUCUAACUGGCUGAUUUAGAUAUGUUAUGCCCCGUGUGCUAAGCCAUGAUUGUAGGUUUUUGUUAGCGUGCGCACGGGACAGGACGGUGCCAGAUCUAGCGAAUUGCGGCGAUAGCCUGCGUGGCUGCGUAUGAAUCCAUCGCCGGCGAAAUCAUCAACGCUGGCCACGAGCGCUCCAUUUGAUGGCUCCAAUGAUGCGUCUUACCGGUGUUCAUCAGCCCACAUAUGAUACUGGUAGUGAUGAAUUCACAACUGAGAUGCACCAUGGAGGAUUCUUUUGUGGAGUUGGUGUUAGUCGGUGAUACGUUGAUGAUAAUAUUUGCUGGUUUGACCAUUGUGAUUCUGAUUCAUGGUCUCUCCUUUGGAUUGAGGACUUUAUUGAGCAACUUGGGUAUGAGAAGUCAGAGAAGACCAAGGUGUUGUGGCUACUCCCAGGAAAAACAUUUAGUGAUGGUCUGAGGAGUUUGAAGUGUGAUGCAGAUACAGAUAGCAUGAUUGCAUUGGUGCCAAAGGUUAGAUCCUUGGUGUUGUAUAUUGAUCACUAGGACAUCUUAGAGGCAAUUGAUCUAAAUGAUAUUGCAAUGACUAGCCAAGCCCCUCCUUCAGUUGCUGCCAACCCUGAAUGCAACAUUGAUGAAGAGGACAAUACUAUGGAGGACCCAGAUUUUGUAGACAGUGAUUACGAAGUUGACAGGGAUGAUGAUGACUUGUAUGAUAAAUAUAUAGAUGGUACUGUUCAUGAUGAGUUAGCUCUUGUCAAGGGCAAGGCUGUGGUUAAGGAAGGCGUGGGUAAUAUUCAGGAUGCGUCCGAUGAUAUUUUCUAUAGUGAUGAAAGACUAUUUCUUCCCGAGUCUUCUGAAGAUGAAGGUGAAAUCAAGCUUAACUUCAAGACAUUUAGACCUGAUGUCGAUAUGCAAUCACCAGAAUUCUAUCCAGGUAUGGUGUUUGGCACUAUUGAGGAACUUAGGAAAGCGGUAUCCCAGUAUAGCAUUACAAACAGGGUUGCCGUGAAGCCUGAUAGGAAUAACAAGAAGAGAUAUGAAGCUCAUUGUGCUGAGAACUGUCCAUGGAAGUUAGUAGCAAGCGUUGAUAGUAGAGCAAAUUGUUUCAUGGUUAAGCAAUAUGUGGGAAGUCACACUUGUAGGAAGGAGUGGGAGUUGAAGGCUGUGACUGCAAGAUAUCUCGCAGGAAGGUUUAUUGAGGAAUUCAGGGGUGAUGACAAGAUGACACUAGCUAGUUUUGCUAAGAAGGUACAGAAAAGCUUGAACAUUACACCAUCAAGGCAUAAAUUAGGAAGAGCUAGACAAAUAGCAAGGGAAGCUAUUUACGGAGAUGAGAUUGCUCAAUACGACCAACUUUGGGACUAUGCUCAAGAGUUGAGAAGGUCAAAUCCUGGUAGCAAAUUUUUUUCGAACCUUCAUAAUGGCUGCUUUCACACACUAUAUGUCUCAAUGGAUGCUUCUAAGAGGGGAUUUCUUAGUGGAUGCAGACCUCUCAUAUGUUUUGAUGGAUGCCAUAUCAAAACAAAGUUUGGUGGACAUAUUCUCACAGCAGUGGGCAUGGACCCUAAUGAUUGUAUCUACCCUAUAGCUAUUGCAGUUGUUGAGGUAGAAAACAGAAAAAGUUGGGGGUGGUUUCUAAGUACUCUCAAAGAAGACCUUGGUAUUAUGAAUACAUCUCCAUAGACAGUAAUGACUGAUAGGCAAAAGGGGCUUAUUCCAGCAAUCAAGGAUGAGUUCCCUGAUAGUGAGCAUAGGUUUUGUGUUAGACAUCUUUACCAAAAUUUUGCAGUGCUAUACAAAGGUGAGGCACUAAAGAAUCAAUUAUGGGCCAUAGCGAGGUCAACCACUGUACCUGAGUGGAACGUUAACACGGAGAAAAUGAAGGCAGUAAACAAAGAUGCAUAUGGCUACUUGGAGGAGAUCCCUCCCAACCAAUGGUGUAGAGCUUUUUUCAGGGACUUCUCAAAAUGUGAUAUUCUGUUGAAUAAUAAUUUGGAGGUUUUUAACAAGUGCUUGUUAUUUAUGCCCUUUAGUUUUCAUAUAAGAUAUUAUCAUCAUUUAUCUAAAAUUAUUCAGUGCCAUGUUAGGUACAUACUUGAGGCUAGGGAGUUGACCAUUUUGUCUAUGUUGGAGAAGAUCAGGAGCAAACUCAUGAAUCGAAUAUACACAAAGCAGGAGGAAUGUAAGAAGUGGGUCUUUGACAUUUGCCCAAAGAUAAAGCAAAAGGUAGAGAAAAACAUUGAGAUGUCCAACACAUGCUAUGCAUUGCCUUCUAGGAUGGGGGUCUUUCAAGUCACUGAUAGAGAUAAGCAAUUUGUUGUGGACAUAAAAAACAAACAAUGUGACUGCAGGCGUUGGCAAUUAAUUGGGAUUCCAUGCAACCAUGCAAUUUCUUGUUUGAGGCAUGAGAGAAUCAAGCCAGAGGAUGAGGUAUCAUUCUGCUACACAAUUCAGUCCUUCAAGCAAGCAUAUAUGUUCAAUAUAAUGCCAGUGCGAGAUAAGACACAUUGGGAAAAGAUGAAUGGUGUCCCAGUUAAUCCUCCAGUUUAUGAGAAGAAAGUUGGUAGGCCUAAGACAACAAGGAGAAAACAACCACAAGAACUUGAUGCAGGCACAAAGAUUUCCAAGCAUGGUGUACAAAUCCAUUGUAGCUAUUGCAAGAAUGUUGGACACAAUAAGAAAGGUUGUAAGAAGAGAAAGGCUGCCCAAAAUGGUAAAAAUGAAAUAGAAAAUAUUAUUAGCAAAGAACCCACACCAGAAGUUGAAGAGGUUGAUGAACCUAUCAUC